GAAUUGCGAAAAGUCGCCAGCGGUCGGGCCUGAACAUCUUGUUCCAUCCUCCAUCACAUUCCUGGUGUUCUCGUCUCUUCAUGCCACACGGGCCCUACGCCACCCGUCAUCAUCGACGGCACCUUCCAACCUUCCGAUUCAUCGUUGCCUAGAACACGUGUCGGAAAUCCAGUCGACUACCCGAUCUCGAAGAAGCCGACCGCCGAGGGACUCGGGGCUGGAAUGCUGCCGCUAUUAUGGACCCCAUCUUCCUGAGAAAUCUCAAUUACUUCUCGGGCCAAAACCUACCAUCCAAUGUCGCCCAACCUGGAGCACCUUCCGUGCCUGUCGUACCACGAGAUCCGAACGAUAUAGCGCUGUGGGACGCUUUGGCCGCUCAAGACUUGGCCGCCUCUGCAUCAACCUCAAACCUCGCCUCUGCGCAGCACGCAGCCGCGCACCCCUCCUACCGCCACCCCAAUCUUCAGCAACCCACUCCGAGCACUUCCAAGCGCCAUGCGCCCGCAGACCCUGAUCCGUCAAUAUCCGGUCAGCGGCAGCGGGGAGGCCACGAGAGGAAGAGAACAAGGACAGACGGAGGCACUGGGGCUUUUGAACCGGUAGACUCUUGGCUACAGUUCGACGACGAUGAAAUGGAUAAUGGUCUCGGCGGGAGCUUCGAAAUUGAUUUCUCCAGACGCCAGAAUUACCCUUCAGGCUUCGGUGGCUAUGGGAGACCUACGAGCCGCCUGAAUCCAUUGCCCACAACUCCCGGCCUGGGCACGGGUCUCUACGCGAACCCGACGUUCAAGGAAGAGGUGUUCGAAUUCGACGAUGGCGCACUGGAUAAUGCCCUGUCGGAUGACGAGGAUCUGUUUGAUUCGAUAAAUUUAGGCGAACAACUGUCCACCAUCGAUACCCAGCCACCAUCCGAAGUGCCUCCCCGGGAAGGACUCUAUUCUACUCCGCUUAGCUGGGAAAAACCCGUACCAGGCCUACCAAUGAAUCCGCCGUUCUUUGGCAUCGGCACCCCAAUGCUCGACCCAGAGCAAAGGAGAUUACUUGCCAUAGCAUUGAACACAGGUGGCUCUUCAAGCUCAGGGUUUGGCCUGGGAACAGGCGGCGACCUUGAAUCGGAGCCAUCUAGUAUGGGGCACCUUGGGUCGACCACCGCAACGGCAAACCCCAGCGAGAUAUCCAAGGCCCACGACGACGAAGCGUUCAAGACGAAAGGGAAGGGGAAGGAGAAGGAGAAGGAGAAGGGGAAAGAGAAGGAAAAGGAGAAGGAGAAGGGAAAAGAGAAAGAAAAGGACGAGCCGACAGAAACAUCGACCAAGGGGCAGAAAGGUCAAAAAGCGGUUGGCAGCGCCCAAGAACAUUCAAAAGAAAAAGCCAAGGCUGGAGACCGGACGGCACAUAAUGAUAUCGAAAGGAAAUAUCGGACGAAUCUGAAGGUCAAGAUCGCGGAAUUGCGCGAUGCUAUCCCUUCACUUCGUUCGCUGCCGGAAGAAGGCGACGAGGAGGGAGACGGCGAGGACCAAUCACGGGGACCAUCUAAAGUGAGCAAGGGGACUAUUUUGCUCAAAGCGACGGAAUAUAUCCAGCAACUCGAGAAGCGCAACAAGGCCAUCAUGAAAGAGCACCAGGAACUCUCCCGACGAUUACAGGCUUUUGAGCAGCUGUUGACCUCAACGACCCGGCAAUCAUUCCCCAUGCCGACCUACAGCAGGACAUUGUUCGAUCCUCGUGGUUUCUGUUAGGCCUUCGUCGUUGCUCGAGAUUCGGCAGGUCUAAUAUCUC